AAUGGGAGAUGGUGAAAGGGAAGGGGUAUCCAGCUGUUGUGGGAGCCUUGCUCCGCCUGAAGAGAAAGAAACAAGGGCGAGGCGAGCAUCUUUUCGUCGCCUCUCCUCGUUAUGAAAAGUGAAAUUUAUUUUUGAAGAUGCGUUCUGGAGGCGCUCCAAGCUCAAUGUGAUUCAACCGUAGGAUAUCUGGUGGUGUGAAGCGGCAGCCUGUGACCCCAAUGAAGCUGUAGAAGUGUCGGUGACCAGUGAUAAUAGCAAUUGAGCAACGUAUCAAUAACACGAUUGUCACUGGCCGAGCUGAGAAAAAUGGCAAGCUUAAUCAUGAGCUCUCUCACCUCGUUCAACUGGAGGCAGAUUUUUGAUGUUAUUAAGCAGUGCCACUGGAUGAACGAACGAGCGCCUCCAAAUCGACCUUACACACCUACCACUGUGGAACACAUAGCUAAUGUUAUAACUCAUGGGUUAUGGAUCCCUCCAAGUAUCUGGGGUGCUGUCUCGUUGGUGCAACGAUCUUCGAAUUGGCAGCAAUUUUGGUCUGGACUUAUAUACAGUGGAUCUCUCAUCUUGCUCUUCACUGUCUCAACUAUUUUUCAUUGCGUCUUUUUUUGCCAUGGCCACGCACCAAUCAAAGAUGUUCUGCAUAGAAGCGACAGAGCCAUGAUCUACAUCUUCAUAGCCUCGUCUUACUUCCCAUGGCUGACGUUAACUCCACUACCUGCAGACGGCUGGGCAGCUGAGCUAUGGUGGCUCAUUUGGAUCCUUGCUUCAAUGGGCAUACUUUACCAACAAGCAUUCCACGAACGAUUCAAGUGGCUCGAAACUACCUUUUACUUAUUUAUCGGAGUUGCACCUGCUCUUGCCAUAGUUUCCAUUGACAUUCCUGGGCUGUACGAGUUACAGCUCGGAGGAGUAUGUUACCUAGCCGGAGUGAUCUUUUUCAAGAUGGAUGGCAGGAUCCCCUUUGCUCACGCAAUCUGGCACCUCUUUGUGGCUUUUGCCGCCAGUGUUCACUACUUCGCCAUCCUCGACAACUUGUACCCUGACAAGCCUCGUGACUCCAUGUCUGGCAUCACACUUAAGCAUGACGACCUGUAGAUUUUUGAAGAUUUUUCUCGAACCGAUUGAUGCGAUAGGUUUUGUGAUUGCGUAUUUUAAAAGUCUCGAACACUCAACAAGAUGAUACUCCAGUUGGUUGUGUCAAAUUAGAUGGAGAAGUUGCCAAACUUAUUUAUUGAAAUUGUCAAAUUGUUGCCAAGCAUUGUGAUAGAUUGCUCUAUUUUUGUUUUUGAUUUGUGAUUGUAAUUUUUUUCAGAGUGUUUGGGAGACUAGGUCUUGUAGCUGUAUCCCAUGUUACCUCAUUAAUUUUUAUGUUUAGAUUUUCCCUUUCUCUGGAAGUAUCAACUUAUGCCACUCUAUUUUAUUAAGGUGCAUAUUGACUUUAUUCCAUUGUGAACAAAGUUGACAAAUCCCCCAUUUACAAAUUUAAUGUCUGCAGCUAGGAGGCGUAAUUUUAAUUUUGGACGACAAAAAAUAUGGGCUUGAAAUGGCCCAUAGGCAACUCACAAGGCUCUCAAGUCAAGGGAUUGCCCCUUGUAUCUUGAAUCAAGAUACUCGCCACUGCAGCGAAGACAAAUUUUUAUUGCAAUUUUUUUUUAAACCUGAGAAAAUUUGAUUGCUCUCGUCAACCCGAAAUGUACCUGGAAUCAUUUUAGUUUCCUGAGCUCUUGAACUCCACUACUAUGAUGCCUCCUUUACAGGGUUUACUUACAUUACCAAACAAUAUUGGUAAAAAAAAAUCAGUCAUUGCCUUAUUGAAGUCACAAAAAUAUGAAUUCAUUUGUUCUUAAUUUUAUUGUUUUAGACGCGCUGCUGGCAGCUAACAUAAAAUAAAGCUAUUGUUAGUUGGUGUUUUAUAUAUUAAGGAUGCUAAAAUGUUUUUAAAUUGAUAUUUUGACACUUUUCAUUUUGUUCUUGCGUUUUUGUUCAGGACUUCUUACAUUUCUUGUUUAUUAAAUAAUUUAGUUGUUCAAAUGGUGUAGUAAAAAUGAAUUGUGUAAAACUGCCCUUUUAUUCUUAACAAGGAUGUAACGUGUGUUCAGCAUAAAGUAUUGUAUGCUUUCCCCUUUUUGAAUUUAAGAAUCAAAAUAGGCAGUUCAGAUCAAAUGUAUUCAAUAAAAUACCUGAAAGAUAUCCAAGAUAUUAUAUUGAAUUAUCUUGUCAAAAUAAUACUAUUUUCACCGAUAACAAAGUAAUAUAAAAUAUUAUUAUACGUUUUCGUCUAUGCAUCUGUUUAGAAGUAAAUCAAGGAAGUUUUUUUCGUCACAAACUUUUGGUUCAAAAUGAAAAAAAUUAUUUUAUAUUUUAACAUGUUUAAAACCGGGAGGGUAAAAUUAUGGAUCGAGUUUUUAUAAUUAUAUUCUUGACACUUAAGGAUGGAUUCGAGCGUGUGUAAUUUUAUUAACCUGGAUUUACUAUUAAGUAAUAAAAAUUGAUCACUGAAA